GGUCCACGGAAGCUGAAAAACGCUGCCACGAACCGCACCACCUUUCCUUCCCGUGCUAUUCUAUGAAAAUUCGUAGCAUACAUAUAAGAAGAGAAUGCAGGAUAGGAGAGGAAGGCGGGAUCGGUCGAUCGCGAGAAAGGACCGAGGUACUAGGUGGUGUGUCCUCAAAGUACCUGCUCCAACGGAGGAAAGACAGACGAGAGCCCCGGGAUAGAAGAGAACCGGGUUACGGGAGAGACGUCGUCUAUCGUGAGAAACAAGAGAAGCGAAACACACGCGAAAACACUCGGACGCACCGCACACGGUAGAUACAAGAGCAAAGCAGAGCCGUGAGCGGGAGGUGAAGAAUGAUGAAAGAUGCGCGAUUUACCGGGCACAACGAGCAUGUCCUCUGCGGACAAGCGCGGCCCGGGAACGUGCAGGUAUCGUGCUCCCGGGGGCUAGACUCGCAUUUUUCUCGUCAACGAAGAGAAUUAAUUACGAAACACAGACCGACCAUGGCUGCUCUGACUCAUGAUGGACAUACACACGCACACACCUGCGCACGGAUCUCUGACACUAGCAAACGUACCCGUAGCCGGACCGCGUGCACACACGCGUGAACACGCACGCGCAAACCCGACGUUCCUAUGCAUGGAAACUCGCACAAAUACAUACAUGCAUCCUUGGACCGCGAGCUGCAACCGACAGAGAAUACAACGCACACCGAACGAACCCCUGUUUUACAGGAUGCUCCUAACAAGGGGACCCCCUCGAUACGUUACGCACCGAUUUCGACGAGACUGUGUGAACCUAGUGGACACUUAGAUGUUCGGCCAGGUAGACUUGUAAAUGUCCAUGAAUACAUAUAUAUAUAUAUAUAAAAGAAAUGUGAGAAGAAUUCUUUCUAUAUCGAAGGAGAAAUAACUGGAAAUUCAAAUAACAAUCAUUUCGAAAGAAAUGAUUAAUCGUAACUUGACGCGAUACAGCUUUUUGUAUUACUAAGGAUUGUCAACAACGUUCAUAGCUAAUUGAGAUUUGGAUUGUGAGAACUUGUUCAAGUACGUCAACGGUUUUUUCAUUAAUAUAGAAAUAAAUUUUUUCAUAUUCCGUGCGCAACGUCGAAUAAGCUGUAGGCGUGCGGUUAUUCUUAAGGAAGCGCCUAAAAAUACUGACUGUCGAACAACUAUAGAAGGAAGAGCAAUGCGGCUGCCUUUGACACAUGUCAGCUGAUACAUCAACGCGUACUAAUACCUUUGCGAAAAACAUUCGACGCUGAAUUAUAUUCACAAUUUAUUCUUUUUCGUUUCAUAAAGAUAUCGCUACAAUUUUAUGCUUUCAUACGUUGUACGCAACGUACUUACAUUUUUAAGAACGUGUGCACCGAGUGUUAUAUUUACAUUGUCAUCGAACAAUGAGAGAUUUGUAUACAGUUGAAUGAAAUUAUUGUGAGAUAAGUUAUUCUUCAACUUUAUAUGGAACGAAUGGACACAGUUUCAAACUUGAACAAUGAAAAGUACCAACAUACAUCAGUAACACCUGUGGGAAACCAAAGGAUACGAACACGACCUGUUUGGUUACAUCUUAUAACAAUAUUUUUCACAAAGCGAAUGUUCCAUACCGCACUUAAAUAUGGUGUAGCAGGAAGCAUAAUGUUUCAAUAUACAAGACUGGGAUUUUGCUUGUUAAUAUUGUCAGCCUUUGUAAAUCAUCUCUAAGCAAAGUUGGAUAUACUAUAUAUUCUUUGAACCGUUAUAAUAAUUAUCUGAUGUAAAGAAAAUUACUUAUACGAAAGAGAUAUAUAUACAGAAACAUGUUUUAUUUUGUAAAGAAAAUAUACCUCAAACACCUUCAACAUACAACCAUUAGAACAAUGAUCUGUAGCACGAGAAGUCUCUCGUAUGGAAGAAAUCUUCCUGAAAUAUCUUUUCUUCGAUCAAAAGAGUCUGAGAAAAGGUGGCAACAUUUAAAAUAUCAAAGAGCAAAUUUCCAUAAUACACAGAAAUUACAGUUGUCAAUUUAUGGCGUGGAAGGGAUAUGUUUUGCUAUGAAACUUUGUAGUAUAUUUAGUGGGCAUCAUACAAGACGUUGGUGGUUAUCUUUGAAUCCAAUACAACAGCAAGAAAUCAAAGCAUGGUAUUGGAAAAGAAGAAAUGUGUUCUAUGGUUCUCUGAGCAUUUUCUUUUUAGUUUUAUUAAUGUAUUACUUAACACAUUUAGAAAGAGAUCCGAUAGAAAAACGUCGACGUUUCAUAAUAUUUAAUAAAAGUCAGCAGGCUGACUUUGAAGAUAGAUAUUUAACAUUAGUGUUCAAGAAUGAAAUAAUACCACCGCACGAUCCUGUAUAUAGGAAGAUUGAAAAGGUACUAUGGAAAUUGACAAAUUCUAAUAAAAAAAUUUUUGAAGAUAGAGCAUGGUCCAUCACCGUAGUGGAUCUUCCAUUUCCUACUGCAAUGGUUACACCACGUGGACAGAUCAUUGUUUGUUCUGGUAUUUUUAAAGUAGUACAAAAUGAAGAUCAAUUGACAUUUAUUUUAGCCCACGAAAUGUCACAUGUAUUACUGUUACACAUGAUUGAACGGUAUUCCUAUAAAGUACUGAUGACUGCUGUAUUUGUUAUACCACUAUUUCUUAUGUGGGCAUGCCAUUCCUCUUGGAAAGCAAUUUUACUUUAUCUAGAAACUAACUUUCUGUAUAAUGUGUUCCUUUCUUUACCAUACAUGAGGCGAAAAGAAAUGGAAGCUGAUAUUGUUGGACUUCAGUUAUCUGCUAGAAGUUGUAUUAACUUAAAAGAGGUUUUAACUUUUUGGAAGAAUAUGAAAAAGUAUUUAGACCUUACUGGACAAAGUAAAUAUGAGAUGCCGACGUUUUUAAUGACUCAUCCUAAUAUCAAGAGUAGAAUGGAAGAACUUGUUCGUCAAAUGCCAAAAGCCGUGGAUUUGCAAAAUCAAGUUGGGUUCCAGGAUAUAUCUAACAAGAUGAAUAACUUGUUAGUCAUCAUUCAACUAUGUCAUGCUGAUAAUUAUAAUAGCGGCUGCUUUAUCUCCUGCCUUCCUGUAUUCUUUAAAUUUCACGGCAUUGUAAUUCUUUGCGUAGAGGAACAUAAACACAAAAUGAAGCUGAUAUUUCUUUUAUUCAUCUCGCUAACGUGCGGAUACAAUGUAGAUAGAAAGUUUGUUCGUAUGUAUUACAGUACGGAUAAGUUUAGAAAUAGUUAUGUCGGUUAUACAGUGUAUUUGUACCAUGAUCCGGUUAACAAUACAUCUUGGUUGCUAAUGGGGGCUCCAAAAGGAAAUUUUUCAUCAUCCACCAAGCAACCAUAUGAACCUGGUGUUGUUUUCCGCUGUACAAUUAACGACAACUCGUCAUGUACGCAAGUAAAACCAAAGGAACUUAAGUAUAAAGUGGGAUAUAUAUCUCGGCUUAAGAUGCACAUGAUUAUUGAACAGCAAAAGGGCUGGUUUGGCAGUUCUAUGUCCAUAGAUAAAUCAAGUGGAAUAUUGACAGUAUGCGCACCACGAACUAUAGUAAGAUUAAUUAAUCCAUUUAGUAAAGCCCAUUUUGACACCAUGCAGGGAAUGUGUUAUACUGGAGGGAUUACUUCAACUGCACUCUCCGUUGAAUACGAUGAUCUUGAAUUUCAUGAUUUCAGAUCAGACAUAUGGUAUAAUCCAAUGUAUGGAUUCUCCAUUCAUUAUGCUUCAGUAGUGCAAGAUGAAGAUAAAAGAGAAAAUGGAACGCAUCGUAUUAUAGGAAAGCCCAUGCAUGAAAGUUAUGGAAGUGUAGAAAUAGUAGAAAAAGAUAAAAGACAAUCAGUUAAAUUACCAUUAGGUGAUGACGUAUCUCAUUUUGGCUAUAGCGUUGAAUCUGGUUAUUUCUUUGGAAAAAGUCAAUUACUAUAUGCCAGUAGUGCACCAGGCUGGCAGUACGUAGGCCAGGUUACUGUAAUUGAUGUAACGAUAAAUUUAUCAAUUGCCAAGUUACAAGGUACCAGUGUUGGUGAAUUUUUUGGAGGAAGUUUAACAGUGGGAGAUAUAAACAAUGAUGGUUUGGAUGACCUUAUUGUUGGAGCACCCCAUUGGGGACAAGAUAAUGGCAAAGUGUAUAUUUACUUGGGUAGUAGUAAGGGCUAUUUUAAGGAGGGAAUAUUUCUCCAUGGAACCGUGGAAGAGAGUUAUUUCGGAUACACGGUAGCUAGCGGUGAUUUAGAUGCUGAUGGAUUUGAUGAUAUCAUUGUCGGAGCACCUUGGGAAGAAUCUGGAGUGAUUUACAUUUACAAUGGUGGUUCAGACUUGAAAAAUAAGCAGCAAGCAUCGGAACGGAUUCAAUCCACAGAUAUCCCGAAUAAUUUUUACAAAAUAGAACGAUUUGGAUUUUCAAUAUCAAAACCAGUUGACAUUGAUGGAAACGGGUAUUUAGACUUUGCAGUAGGGGCAUAUAAAUCUGGUCACGUUAUGGUGUUCCGUAGUAAACCAGUCGUAAGAACAAGACUUACAAUUCGCGCUGAGCCUAAUGUUUUGAAAAGAGAUGCUAAAGAAUUUUUGAUUGAAGUAUGUUCACAACAUGACGGAUAUAACAUAGAGAGUAUAAGAGACGUAGAAUUCAAGAUCACGAUCAUCGUAGAUGAACGGUAUCACCGGACUAAAGAAACAUUCUUAGAAUUCAAAUCGAGCAACUUAACAUCAACCGUCUGUUUCAAAACGCAAAUCAAUAUCUCGAGCAAUAUAAGAGAUUUCAUUGAACCAAUUAGUGUUGUUGCAAAGCAUCAUUUCGUGAAUGAUACAUCUAAUCUCUUCUGCAAAUACUGUCCUGUCGAAAGAAAAAAUAACAUGUUAAAUGUUACUCAAAUUUUUCUCCCCUUUAACAUUGAUUGUGGGGCAGAUAAUAUCUGUAACUCUAAUAUAUCUGUCACAGCAAAAUUUCUUGGUAUUCGCGACGAUAACGAAUGGGUGAUUGGUUCAACUUAUGCAAUGUUAAAUAUCACUCUAAAGAAUUAUGGAGAACCAGCUUAUCUUACCACGAUCCAGUUCACGACUUCCAAGAGAGUGAUGCUACAUACCAUUUUACCUUCUUGCCAAGAAGAUACAUCUAAAGAAAAUUUAUUAGUAUUCUGUGAAGUUGGUAAUCCUUUGUGGAAAGGCGAAGAAAAAAAUAUUAUCUUAGAUCUUGACAUGAAAAAUUUAAUUGACGAUUCAAUGCAUGAUUAUAAAUUAAAUUUUUACAUAACGAUUAAAACGCGUAGUACAAAUGAAGGGAUGACAAAUAUAACGAAGACUCUUAAAUUAGUAAGCGAAGUUUCUUUAUCUUUGAAUGGAAAAUCAAAUGAGGAAAUAUAUUAUUUAAACACUCUUAAGGAUACUGCUAAGAAUAUUAGUUUUCAGCAGAUGUAUCAAGUGUAUAAGCUUGGCGCAACACCCAUAGGAAGCGCAGAACUCAUCAUUAAAAUACCAACAAUGAUUAAUUUGGAAACUCUGAUUGAUAUAUACGAACCACAGCUAUACGUGUCAGGACAACAAUUUGAAUGUUUUUCGAGCGGUCUUUUUCUCGACACUAAACAGAUAGAUUUAAAAGGAGAAUCGUCAAUACAUGAUGCAACUCACAAUAUGCAACAGAUUAAUAAGUUAAUAGUUAAGAGACAUAUAAACGAAUCAGAUUUGGACUUUGAUGAUACAAAGAAAAAUGUGGGAACCCAACAUAUUAGCGAGAACAUUGUAAAUAAUGUUGUGUACAUGAAUUGUUCGAAUCCUGACGUAUAUUGCACAACUAUUAUAUGCGGCUUAAAUACAUUGAAAACGCUGCAAGAUGUCGGAAAAGUGUUGAUUAAACUUGUCUUAAAUGUUGAAAAACUUAAAGAUAUUUUUGAAACCAACAAGGUUGCUUUAAAGUUUAGUACUGAAGCCACUGUAAAUAUACUAAAACCAACUGUAAGACUUUCCAACAAUGAAACUAGAUCCACAGUAGAACUUGUAACAAUGUUUUAUAAUGGCCAGAGAAGAGAAGAGUUGCAUUUAUGGAUCAUUAUAACUUCUGUGUCAGUGGGUUUAUUGUUGCUAAUUAUUUUGGCUGCAGUUUUAUUCAUGUUGGGCUUUUUUAAGAGGCAAACGAACUGUUGUAUGAAAUAAUAAAGUACCAGAAGAAGAACUUAAAUCUGACGACAAAUCACGUCCAAAGAAUAUAGAGUAGAAAAAGUGUUAAGAUUGUGUUAAACCGUUUUAACGUUCGUCUAAUACAAAACACGUUUAAUAAAAUUCUAGUUUUUAUAUACAUUAUAUUUAUAUUCAGUUUUCUCUAUGAAAAACU